GUAAUUAUGAGUGUACUGUGCGGUAGUGGGAGCUAAUAAAUAUUCUUACUGCAAAAUGUUGAGAUAUAAUAGACGUCAUCAUAAGCUUUGAUAACUAUUUACUCGGAUGUGGUAUACUAGAAGCCACUCGAUUGAUGUUGACCCAUGGUCGUUGGUGCUUCAUCUUUAAAAUAAAAUAUUGCCAAUGUGUUGUUUCAUCCAAUGCUCUGUGCCUGUAUCUGAAAGAUUAAAUGCAAAUACAUUCAGACUACGUACACAUGUAUAUGAGCGUACUGAAAGCAUUUCGAAGUGGAAUGUCUAACACAGACGAAAGCACACAACCCUCAUUGAAUUUAUAGGCUGGAGCGCGGGCGCCACGGACGGCAGUUCCAUAACCUAAAAAGGUAAAGGCACGUGCAUCGUGACUGCCGCGUUAUAUUGGGUGAAAUCACGGAAGGCGCGUAUAAGACGAGCGAACAUACCAACACUUAUACGUCACAAGGAUACACAUUAAUCAGCUGUUGCGUGUGGGACCAUGGCUACUGCAACUAACGCAGCGACAGCGCUCAUCGCACCUGCACCUACUCUGGCCAACAGACAGCAGUCGGCUCUGAGUGUGUCAGCGGUGCAAACGAACAUAAGUGAGAGCAAUGGACAGGAAGUAAAACAAGUGGACAACAAUAGCAAGUCAGCUUCACCAAAGCCGAGCAACAUGCCAAAAAUAACAACAACAAUGCUUAACAAAAUGGAGACGGGCUCAAAAAGCGAAAAGCGCGUCUAUAAAAUUGUCCUAACUGGCGGGCCUUGUGGAGGCAAAACAACUGGACAAUCCCGUCUGUGCACGUUCUUUGAAAACCUUGGCUGGAAGGUAUUCCGCGUGCCUGAAUCGGCCACUGUACUACUCAGUGGUGGCGUUAAAUUCUCCGACCUCACCGAUAUAGAAGACCCUCCCACGCCAACUACGUACGUGUACAAAGAUCUUCCCUUUGCCGCUCCGGAGCACAGUCUCAUCGAUCUGACUGCAUCCUGUCCACGUUGUUUGGCGAACGCUGCCUCGAAGCCGAACGGCAGCGAAGCCUACAAGUUCCAGGAGAAUUUGAUACGCACCAUGGUCCAAAUUGAGAAUACAUACUUUGAGCUGGGAAACUCGAGUACUCGCAAUUGCCUAAUUAUCUGCGAUCGAGGCGUCAUGGACGCCAGUGCUUAUAUAUCGAAAGACAAAUGGGAGAAAAUGAUGGGCGCCAACAAAUGGAAUCCGGUGGAGAUGCGGGAUAAUCGUUACAAUCAAAUUUUGCACUUGGUGUCCGCCGCAAAUGGAGCCGAGGAGUUCUACUCCACAGAGGAUCAUGCCUGCCGUUCUGAAGGCGUCGAUUUGGCCCGCGAAUUGGACUACAAAUCGGCCGCAGCCUGGGUGGGACAUCCCUACUUCGAUGUUAUUGAUAAUUCAACUGAUUUUGAAACCAAAAUGAAUCGCAUGAUCGAGUCCGUCUGCCAAAAACUGGGCAUCGACACUGGAGAUCGUUUGCAGGCAACUUCCAGAAAACUAAAAUUCUUGGUCGCUACAUUGCCGGUUGACUCCGAAUUCCCACCGUUCCAAGAUUUUGAUGUCGUGCACCACUAUCUGCAAUCCGGUGGACCUAAAGUGCAAGCACGUUUGCGCAAGCGCGGUCAAAAGAAUCACUGGAGCUACAUACACACGCAGCGUAGACCCAACGUCCAUGGACAGGCCCGCAUUGAGGUGAAGACACAGCUUAACCAUCGCGACUACAUGAAUCGGCUGGCACAGCGCGAUGAAGCUCAUUUCCCCAUUUACAAGAAACGUCGUUGUUUCCUCAUCAACAAUCAAUAUUUUCAAUUGGAUAUCUAUAAGGAACCUUGUCAUCCACGCUGCAAAGGUCUCGUACUGCUUGAGACCUAUUCAUCACUGUCAGGCGAGGCGUUAAAGAACUGCAUGCCCAAAUUCUUGAACAUAGUCAAAGAGGUAACUGGCGAUCCAAAGUUCUCCAUGUUUAAUCUAUCGUUGAGGGAGGAUUGGACCACAUCAAAGAAGUUUUGCAGCUCGUCGACGCAUGCAAAUGGAAAAGCAACAAACGGAGUUUCAAAAGCGCCAUUGGAACUCAAUGGCCAUUGAACGUAUCCUACUACCAUUACCUAUUCGUCUAAUGGCCACUAAAUUCUAUCCCUGAAUCUCUACUUUAUGUUUACGUUUUGAAUGUUUUUAGUUACAAGGGAAACACAAUUUAUCAACUAAAAUGUAGACUUAGUGUACAUCGGGUAAAUUUAUUUUCUAUUCGUACUCAUUGACCUUUAAAUUCGCUCAUAAAAAUAAGUGUAGUUGGAGAAAGUCAAACUAAGUUUAACUAAUGAAUAGAAACCAAUGAUUGUUAUGAUAAAGUAAAGUAAAAUAAGUGUCACUAAAGUAGCUGUUGGUUUUAAAUAUGUAUCUAAGUAGCACUAUAAAAAAAAAAUCAAGUGAAUAAGAUAAAUCUUUUAUCAUUAUUUGGUUUAUACUUACACCAUUUUAACAUAUUUUUAUAAUAACAGGUGGGCGAGUUUAGUGGCCAUUUUAUAAGCCAAAAUCAACACCCACUUGAGUAACACAAAUAAGCUUACUUUUCUAUCGUUACAACCAAUAGUUUCUAUAGUUUCUAUAUACAAAUUUUAAUUUUACUUUCUUCUCCUUUACUUAUUUUAUGAAGACAGGGAGGCGAAUUUAGUGGCCAUUGGGUAUGAAUGGACAAUAAAAUUAGUCGUUGUACACUAAGUUUACAUCCUUGAAUCUCUUCUUUACACGCUGUGGGAAAGUUUUUAGUUUUACGAAAUUAUAUAUCAAAAUUAUAGAUACCUUAUGCAAAUCAAAACUUGUUACCUUUAUGACCAUUAUAUGUAUCAUACUAUAUAAUUAUAAUUUGUCACUUCCCACUAUGAAUUAUUUACGUACUUACUGGAAUGCAAACUAUAAAUGUACUGAAACACCUUUAAGCGUACUUAAUUUUUUAUCAAUAAGGUUUUGCCAUGUUUAUCAUUUUUGUCCCAAUCCUGUUGGCCUUGGAGGUGCGUAAACCACUAAAUUUAAACUAAAUUUUAGCUAAUGUUAAAAAAACCUUAUUCAAAUAAAAAACCAACACCACCAAAAAGCGA